CUAAAAAUAGGGAGAAAGGCAACACGGACCGAGACAGGAAGUUGACAGCACUUAAUUAAAGGCCACCAGUUGGGCACAAGAAGAGCAGAAAAUGAUCUGAGUGUCAGAGCUGACCGCAAGCUGUCAAUGAGUCAUCGCUUCAGUGGAGAAGCUCGGUGCGAGCCCGGGGACUGGGCCUCGUGUGUGAUAGGCAGACUCCUGGCCUCGAACAUUCUGCUUCCGUGAUUCAUGCCUCACAGCUUUCCAGGAGCACAGACCCUCCGUUGGUUUACAGAGCAGCUGUUGGCCGUGUCUGCAGCAGCCCGAGUGGAAGGAAAUAGACCGGGAGGUGUGGCCGAGAAGGAGCACUGAGUGGUGAGUCACUAAACUCGUGACUCCACCAUGUGACCCGGGGAAGUUUCCUCUCCCUUCCAGACCCCAGUGUCUCCGUACGUGUUGGGGCUCCAGGGCAGCCUGUGGUCCCCAGGAGGUGACUGGGACAGACAGACAUGCGUUUGGCUGCAAGUAACUGGAAACCCAACUGACGGCAGCUCAAACAAGCAAGGGUUCUUUUCCCCACGUGACAGAGCUGAGAGGCAGGCAGCUGCUGACCUGGAUUCAGCGGCUCGAGACGGUCAGAGCUCUCGCUGGCGUCUCUGCGGUUCUGUUGGCUUCUCCCUCAGGGUUUCAGGAUGAGGCUUCAGCACUUCUCAAGGCAGGAAAGAGGAGGAAGGGCAGCACCAGCCACAUCUGCCCCUUCACCCCGAAGUACAAGCUUUCCCAGAGCCCUGGCGCCCCCUGUACCCCCCUCGGCAGGCCGGUCAGUGCCUGACCUCAGGCCCAGCCCAGCCGCAAGGGAUGCUGGGAAAACGAGGGUCUGGUCCCCGCCGUGGAAGGUGAGAGGAAGGAGGGAAUGGAUGCUGUGCCUGCCGACCACAGGGUCCCGGGGUGGCAAAUCCCCAAUCUUGGCCCCCAAGGCCUUGGGCAUCUGGAGCCACUAUUGUCCCCCUGUGCCGCCCUCCCCCACAACUACAGUGGAAGCUGUGACAAGAAGGCCGGAGUUCGAAUCCUGCCUCUGCCGAAGACUCUCUGUGGGGCUGCAGCCGGCCCUGCCCUCCUCCGAGACUUCACGUCCCAAGGGAGCAGAAAAUAAAGGCUGCCUCCUAACCGGGGCUCCAGGGCCGGCCUGGGGGCAAGCCACCGGGCGCCUCGCUCUGCUGCCUCCGGCUUGGGGCUCUCACGGCUUCAGGCCAGGGGCUUUGUUUCCAUCGCCGGCUCCUGCGGACCCGAGGCGGCUCUGCGCCGUUCGUCAAGCCCGUGUGCCGGCCUCGCGGCCCUCUGGCCUCAUUCCCUGCCAUCUGUGUCCUCCUCCUCACCUGGUGCCACUAGCCACCCUUCUCCUCCCAGGUGCUCUGGGUCACUCUCCCCACAGAAGGGCAGGACCCUCCUCUGCAGGCGCCGGCUGCCGGCCGCCCUCUCCAAGGCUGAGCCACAAGGCCCUCCUGGAAGUGGCUCUGGGGGCAUAUCUGCAGGGCCACCCCUUUACUUUUGUCUUCAAAUACCUGAUUACCGUCUCUUGGUGGCACAUUUUGGGGCAAAACUUCAGAAUGUUGGCAAUAUGGAGAUGAGGCGAUGCUGCAGAGGGGGGACAAGCUCGGGCUUUGGAGUCAGUGUUUCAUCAUCUAACUGCUGUGUGGCCUUGGGCAAUUCACUUCACCUCUCUGAGCCUCAGUUUUGUUUUACGUAAAGUAAGAACCACAGUAUUGACUUCCUGGUGCUGUUGUGAGGAUAAUAGGCUGGGAGAAGGCUCAGCCCAGGGUCUGACGCCUGGUAAUCCUUUAGUAAAUGGUAGUUGUUAUUAGAAUAUCAAAACUCCAAUGAAAAUGAACUUUUGGGGAAUGAAAACAAAGGGCUGCCUCUUCCCGGAAGCCAGUGCUGCUUUUCUCUCCUUUCACCUCGCGGAGCACUUUACAUGGAUUUCUCGCCGUCUGCUCUGGCUGUAGCUAUUUGUUUUCCAGAAAUGGUUUAAGAACUAAAGUGUUCGUGCGCGUGCGUGUGUGUGUGAAUGCAUUGGUUUACGUAAGUCUUGACAUGGGCUCGGCUUCAGGAAUGGCUGGAUCCAGAUGUGCACCUGUUGUUCAGGAGCCCUGCUCUCUCAGCUCUCAGCUCUGAUGCUUCCGUGUCAGUUAGGGUCACCCAUGUGGUGGCAAAGAGUCCCAGCAUCCCCGGGCUUUCACUCUGCCUUGUCAGCGAGCCAAAUGGAUAGAAGCUGACUUUGCUGUGUGGUCCCAGCCCAAGUCUGCGGGUUGCCUCUGGUUGGCUGGCCUUGGGUCAUGUGCCCAUCCCAGAACCAAUCCCUGGGCCCGAGGGUGGCUUAUGCUCUUGGCUGCAGCUCUGGGUGGGGAGACAGCCCGCUCCCUCCUCAGCCGCAGGAAGAGAGAGAGUGGGGAGGAGGGGUGCCCUGGAGGAAAACUGGGGUGCUGUUACCUGAAGACGGGGACAUGGACAGAGGUCAGGGACAAGCAACAGUGGGCCGUUCCCCCCUUCUGCAGCUUUCCUGCUGUCUCUGUCCUGCGUGUCCUUUGGACAUGCUUGAUGCUCAAUAAAUGUUGAAUGAAUGAGUGAUCGGACAAGUAAACCAUCAAAGAAGAAGUCUGUCUGAUU